AUGGCGAAAAAUUUGGACCACUCAAUUGAUCAAUAUGUGAACAUUCAGACUGAUUUGAAAAACAAAAUAAACAAAUUACGAGAUGAAAAGUUUCAACAAGGUUUCUCAAAACCAAUCCAUAUUCUGGAUACUAUUGAUGCUAGUGUAAGUAGUCAUUAUAGGGAACGACUACAACAUGCAGCUGAAAAUAACUCCGGAAAGCGCAUUGUUAUCAUUCCUCAUUAUUUGGGAAAUGCUCAUUGGACGGGUAUUAUAAUAGAAUUUCGAGAGACAAAUGAGAUUCAACUAGUCGAAUUCAUUGAUCCAGUAACAAAUUCGUCAUUUCUUCUUAACAAGAUACAACAAGAAUUCAAUGAACUGUAUUCCGCUGUGACUAUAUCACCAAUAACAUUAGAAACAUGUAGUGAUUCAACACAAAGUGAAGAAUUGACUCUUCACAACUUAUUAAAACGAGUCGAACAAUUAGAACUUAUGCAUAAACAGUAUAAAAAACUGGAUGAUCGAACCAGUACAAUUCACGAUAACCUAUCUAAAUCACAGCAAGAUGCGUCUAGCACUUAUGGACCAUCGAGCCUGUCAGACUGCAAAUCAAAACACAAAUCGGAUGUUGACUGUAAGAGUAAUCCAAGUGUGAGUACAGCAGAUUUAUUAAUUCCGCCUUCACAAACAGAACAGCAAAUAGAACAGGUUCAUACAUCGUCCAACAGUAAAGAUAAUUUUCCUGAUGAAUCCAGCCAGCAGACAGUAGACGAAAAAUCGAAAGCUGCUUUUUCAGCUGCCCAGCAAACUGCGGAUAGAUGUGAGUUGGAAUCGUGCGAAUCCUUAGAAAAUCAGUUAAAUAAUGGCUUCUGCGAUUUAGAAAUCAGUGAUGAGGCAGAGCUCAAGGAGGACAUAAUACAAGUAAAGCAAGAGAUUAAUGAUCUUGAAAAAAGAGGAAAGCCAAAAACUGCGGAGACGAAACGAAAAUUUUUAUCCAAACUGGAAGAUCUUCGAACAUUAGCUGAAAAAGUCAAAACCCUUAAAGCACAACCAUCAUCUGAUGAAAAUGAAGAAAAUUUAAAAUCUAAAUUAGCCGGUGGUUUUGCUGAACAUGAAAUUAAGGAUGAGACAGAGCUCGAGGACGAGAUAAUAAAGGUAAAUCAAGAGAUUAAUGAUCUUGAAAAAAGAGGAAAGCCAAAAGCUGCGCAGGAGAAACGAACACGUUUAUCUAAACUGGAAGAUCUUGAAAUUCCGGGAUUCGAAGAUACAAAUGGCCCGGAAGUAGAUAUCGCAAAUGCUAUUGGUAUUGUUCGAGCAAUAAAAACAAGUAGAAGUGUUAAACCUGUUGUUUUGAUUAGCUAUAAAGGUAUGGGUGAUAGACUUGGCGGUUUAAAAGAUUUAACUCAUACAUUGGAUGCUAAAUGGAUAGAAAAAUAUCGCAUUGAAGAACACUCAGAUAUUAUAAAAGAUGUUGAAGAACAACUUACUGAACAUAUAAAACAUAUGAAAAUAUCUGUCAUGGAAUUGUCUUUAGAUCUUGAGAAUCAUGACAAAAUUAAAUCAGCCUAUACAAUUGUUUUGAGAAUGAAAGAAAUGAAACCUUUAGAAAAAUUUCUUCCAGAUAUAAACGAAUACAUACAAGAAGUUAGUUCUUGAGCAAAACAAUUUGUUUUGAGCCAUAUCAACAAACCCGAUGAAUUAGAUAAGUGUAUAAAUGAUAUUAAAUCAAAAAUUGAAAAACAGCUACAACGCUUCCUAAAAGAAGUUGAAGCAUUCGUGAAUAUUGAUAAUUUUUAUGAAGCUGAACAAAAAGUUGAACUAAUAAUUUCGGUUCGUAAUUUAUUGGGAAAUUAUUGUUCACAAGAGAUUUCGGAUCAGAUUGACAGAGUAAAUGCAAAUCAAGCUCAAGUUUUAUUAGAUGGUGUGGUUAAUAAAUAUUCCGACAUGGAUUUUGAUAAAUAUGUUUCAAAUCCACCGUCAGACUUUUUCAAUAGAUUUAAUGCAGCCAGAAGUACAAAUCCAGUAUAUAUGAAAGCCUUUAAUACAAUAAGGGAACGGAUUUUCGCUAAAUUUAGAAACGAACUCGAAAAAGCAAAGAAGGAAAAUCCUCUAAAUCCAGUUAAUAGUCAUUUACGGACAUUUGAAUUUGCAGUGAAAUAUUUACCGGAAGAUAUGCGAAGUCCUCUUGAAACUGAAUUAGAUUAUUGUAAGAAACAUAUUAAUAUUUUGGCUCAAGAUAGUAAUAAUGAAUUUGAGAAAACAAUUGGAAAUCAAGAUCCUAAAGCUAUUGAACAACUUCUUCAAAAAUAUCAAGGUGUACCGGGUAUGCAAUCCUAUAUUAGCAAAGGCCGGGAUCUUGUUUUGAAACAAAUACAAGAUAAAAUUAAGAAAAUCGAACAAUAUUUUCAGCAAGAUAAUGUUAGUAACGCUUUAGCUUGUGUAGAUAUUCUAUAUGAAUAUGAAAGUGAAUUAGUAAAUAUUAUCAUGGAUAUUAGACAACCAUGUUUAAGCGUACGAUCUUUAAUAAAAGCUAAAUUUGAAAAAGCAUAUGGUCGACCAUCACUAGAUCCAUUAAUUUCGGAAACGAAGAUGCUUGCUGGAAAUAUAAAACAAACUUCAGAUAAUAUUCAAUGGGAUGCACCGGUACGGAAUAAAAUUCCUACACUCUUAGCUCAUAUUUUUGCUCUAUGGACACUUCAAAGUGCACAUCAUUAUUUCGAAGUUGGCAAUGUUGGAAAUAAUAAUAGUUAUCUUCUGCAACCUCACAUAGCUCAAGUUAUUUCAAUAUUUUGUAUGCUAGGACUAGAUGAUAUAGACGAAAAAUUAAGAAAUAACUUAGUACAAAUACGAACUGGAGAGGGAAAAUCAGUAAUAUUAGCAGUCACAGCUGCAAUACUUGCGCUGCUUGGUUUUGAAGUACGUUGUGCAUGUUAUAGUCAGUAUUUAAGUGAAAGAGAUUGCAUUGCAUUUUUACCACUAUUCGGUGCAUUAAAUAUAACUGAAUAUAUUCAAUAUGGGACAUUUAACAAACUCUGUGAAGAUAUGAUUAAUCGAAAUGGAGAAAUUCGGAAAAUAGUAGAACAUUUUAUAUCGACUGAUUCAAAUAAUUCUCCAGUAUGUAAACGACCUACUGAACGAGCGAAGAUAUUAUUAAUUGACGAAGUUGAUGUUUUCUUUAGUCAGAACUUUUAUGGGAAUGUUUACACACCAUCAGCCAGUUUAAGAGAUCCGACAAUAACAUCUCUAAUCAAUUUUAUUUGGAAAGAGAGAAAAUCAAAAUUAAGUCUUAGAAAAGUUACAUAUACAGAUGAAUACAAAGCUUGUUGUAAUAGAUUUCCUUUAUGGGAAUCAUUGAUUCUAGAGGCUGUUAAAGAUCUCAUUCAUGAUGUGAAUAGUUUUGACUCUCAUGAUUAUGUUGUUAAAGAAGAUAAAAUUGGAUAUAAAGAACAAGAUAAGAUUGUUUACAAUAUUGUGUAUGGUUAUAAAACUUUAUUCGUGUAUUAUUGUGAACACGAAAAAGGAAAAAUAACGAAAUCAAGUUUAGAAGAAAGAAUAAGUAUAAACAUAAAGUGUGGAAAUUUCUCUUAUGCUGAGAUUCCACUUCAGUUUAAGUUCAUUAUGGGCGUUUCAGGUACUUUGAAAACUCUUAGUAAUAUUGAAAAAGAAACCAUGAAAACUGUUUAUAAAAUUGAAAAACUUACAUUUAUUCCAUCAAUGUUUGGUAAAAAUAACCUCAAAUUUACAGAAAAAGAUGACAUUAUGAUUGAAAACAUUGAUGAUUAUUUUAAUGUUAUUAGAAAAGAAAUUGAUGAUAGAUUAGUUGGAAAAUCAGGAGAAAAACGGGCUGUUUUGGUUUUUUUUGAAUCUGUAAAAAGAUUAAAUGAAUUCUAUGAAUCGAAAGCAUUAGAGGAAAUUAAGUAUUCGGUUCAUAUUUUAACAGAAGAAGCAACUUCAGAUGAAAAAGAAAAAGCUAUAAGAUGUGCGACUACAUCCGAUCAAAUAACAUUAUUCACACGAACUUUCGGCAGAGGAACAGAUUUCAUAUGCCACGAUAAGAUUGUUGAACAUAACGGUGGAACACAUGUUAUUCAAACAUUUCUCUCUGAAGAAUAUUCAGAAGAAGUACAAAUCAAAGGAAGAACUGCUAGACAAGGCGAUCAUGGAUCCUAUAGUUUAGUAUUACUUGAUCAAGAUUUAGAGAAAUUUCUUAUUCAGAAAGAAGAUAUUGAAAAUAUUAAAAAAGGCAAAGGAGUAAUCGAUCGUCUUCAACCUAAGCUUAGUUUUACAAAAACUUAUUGUACACUAUAUGAACUUCUUGAUAAUAGACGUAAAGAUUUAUUCGAAAAGAAAUAUAUGAAUAAUACACAAUAUGUUGAACAAGCGAAAAAAGAACAUGAAGCCACUGAAGAAUUUCUCAAACAUUUCCAAAGUGCAGAUAUAGAUUAUGUGAGAAAAUUUUUAGUCGAGAAAAAUAAAGGAGCUAAUAUAGUUUGUAAUCAAUCAAGAACAAUUUGUUUGAUGGAUGCGACAGGUUCAAUGACUCAUCUUUUAAACAAUUGCAAAAAUACAGUAGGAGCAAUGUUCGAGCGCACUAUAGAAAUAUUACGAGACCACAAUAUUAUUGAAGAUUCAUUUCAAAUUCAAUUUGUUGUCUAUAGAAACUAUAAUAGCACAGAAGAUAAGAUCCUUCAAUAUUCUCCUUGGGAAACGAGAGCAGAUAAUUUAAGAACGUUUAUGAACACCAUCAAUGUUGAAGGGGGUGAUGGAAAUGAAGCCAUUGAAAUUGGUCUUUGGCAUGCAAACAACGAAAAUACGAGAGAAAAAAUAACACAAGUCAUUUUAAUCGGUGAUGCACCUCCAAAUACAAAAGAUGAAGAGACUUAUUAUGAAGAUGAAUUAACCAAAUUCAUUUCAAAUAAAAUUCCAGUUCAUGCUUUUUUUGUUGAUAAACGUGCAAAAGAUAGUUUUAACGAGAUCGCUCAGAAAACAGGAGGACAAUGCCAUCUGCUAGAUAUUAACUCUCCUUCAGGAGCGAAUAUGCUAACAAAUUUAAUUACAGAAGCCAUUUUAAAAAAUAUUGGUGGAGAUUCAAAAGGAAAUGCUCUUGUUGAGGCAUAUAAACAAAGAUACGAAGUGUUAUACCUAAAUUGA